AUGAAAACUUGUGCUUAUUGCAAAAGAAUAAUUUUUUCUGGCGAUAGACAUGAUUUAUUCUGUGUACAACGAAUCAAACAUUUGGGUGACACUGGAGAACAGAAAGAAAUAGAAGCCUCAAUAGGCUUUAAAAAUAAUCUUGGAGAUAUGAAUUGCUUUCUAAAUGCAGCUCUGCAAGCAUUGUAAAUCUUAUUUAGAUGGCACAUUACACCUAUAAAAGAAAAUAUUUUGGGAUGCAGUUUGCAUUGCCCCUCUAAUAGAAAUCAUUGGUGCAUUCUUUGUGGCAUUAAGAAAAUUUUUCAAGAAAUCAAUGAAAUGGCGAGAAAAUCCAACCAAGUAAAUUUUGAUGCAAGUGAACUUAGAAGCAAUUUAGCUAGUCUGCAUAUCGAAUCAGGUGAAUUUAAGCUUAAUUCAUCAGCAGACAGCAUGGAAGUGUUAAUUGAAAUAUUAAAUACCAUGCACAAUGCCUAUAUUCAUAAUGACUCCAUGAAUGCUUCAAAUAUUUUGUGUGAACCAAAAUGCCCUUCGCAUUUCACAUUUGAUUUUCAAAUUGAAGAAAAAUCAAUUUGUGCUUGUCAAGCUGAAAAUAUUACACAAUGAGAUUAUUGCACUUUUUCACAUCCAUUUUAUAUCAAUGAUAUAUUAGAAGAAAGCAAAAAAAUUAAUUCAAGUAUUCUUAUGAGGGUUGAUAUGGAAGAAAUCAAUAAUUUUGUGGGAAACUCUAGCGUUGUGCCCUUUAAAUUUAGGUUGGCAGAUUUUAUUAAAGCACAAUGAAGGGAUAAUGUUGUAAAAAAAUGUGCUGGGGAUAGAGAAAAUUGUAGAUAUAACUCUUCAACAAAGGAAUUGAGACUCACUCCCCCCCCUUUAAAUUUGAACAAAAAAUUUUGUUCCAAUUUAAAGGGGGUUAAUUUUUUUUUUUAAAAAAAAAAAUCAACAAAAAAAAAAUUCAAAAAUUUUUAUCGAAUUAGAUUAAUAAAUUCGUUUAAUAAAAUGCUAUUUACUCUUUAUCCUUUAAAACAAAACAAGAUAUAACUAAUUUUCAUUAUUAGUUAAUAAGCCAUAUUAAUCGGUAUCAAAAUUAUUUACACAAAAAUUAUUAUUUUUAUUGAUAAAAAAAACAUUUUUAGAAAAUUUAUCGAUCAAAGUGCUAAUUUUGUUUAAAUGAGAUGUUAUUUAUACUCUAUUCUUUACAAUAAAGCAAGAAAUAAGUAAGUUUUGAAAUUUUAUAAAGAAUUCACAUUGAAUAUAUAUCAAAACUAUUUUAAAUAAAAAAUUUUUUGAAAAAUUUUUUAAAAAAAAAAAAAAUUAAUUUUUUUUUAAAAUUUAGCAAUUAAGGACAAUAAAUUUAUUUAAAUAAGAUGCUCUUUAUACUCUCUUCUUUAAACAAGAGCAAGCUAUAACUAAAUUUUUAAUUUUAGUUAAGAAGAACAUUUAACUUAUAUCAAAACUUUUUAUAUAAAAAUUAUAUAUAAUUUUUUAUUAUAAAAUUAAAUUUUGUUCCAGUUUUAAAGGGGGUUAAUUUUACAAAAAAGUGGAAAUUUUACCUAUAUUUUGUUCCAAUUUAAAGGGGGAGUGAGAACAAUUCCACGAUUUCUGAUAUUUCAAUUAGUGUGAAAUGAUAUUUAUCAGAAAAGACUUGAUAUUUUGAAAGUAAUUACAAGUAUUUCUGGUUCUAUUAACGUAGAAUCAAUUUAUGCCAAUAUAAAUCAGCAAUGCUAUAAUCUUCAUAGCAUGAUAAUUUAUGGACUUGGACACUAUAUAUAUUGUUUUCGCAAUAAACGAAGAAAUCAAUGAUAUAAAUGUGAUGACGAUAAAGAAUCAAUUAUUGGUGAAGGAAAAUGAGAGGAUUUUAUUGAAGAUAUGAUAAACUCAAAGCAGUAUCCUGUUGGGCUGUUUUAUGAAAUGUCAAAUUUAAUGGAUAAUUAUGAAUUAUCAGAUUCGAAACUUUUGGAGCUCGAAAGACAUUGCCUCUUUGAUGAUCUUGAAGAAGGACCAAAAGAACCAGACACAAAUCAAGAUCCCACACUAGUUCGGCCUACACCCAGCAUAAUCAAUGAGCCUCCCAAACAAAUUGUAUACCAAAUUCCUGAAAGGCAAAUGUGAACAUGCAAAUGCGGGCAUGAAAAUGAAAUUAAUUGGAGCCUCUGCAGUAAAUGCAGCUCCCUCAAAGCUGGAGAAGUUGGCUGAGUCUGCAAUAGCUGCACCUUUAUAAAUGACAUUAACCUCUCCAUUUGUGAAUCUUGUGGCCAAGAAAAGUUUGAGCAUAUUACAUCUCCAAAUUUAUGAAGAUGCAUUAUAUGCAGCUUUGAAAAUUCAAUAAAUUCAACUAUUUGCAGCUCGUGCAAAAAUUCAAGGUUAGGGGAAUCUUGAAAAUGCAAAUAUUGUGCCACUCCAAACUCUUCAAGAGCUUCUAUGUGCAAAAAUUGUAGGAAUAAAAAAGAAGAAUCUAUUGAUAGAUGUGAAAGAUGUGGGAAGCAGACACCUAAUUUAAAAAUUUGCCUUGAUUGUAGAAUAAGAGCGAACGGUUAUAAUAAUCGUUGUGAGCCAGCUUCACAAAAUCAUGUAAAAUUUUGCUUCAAAUGCAAUAAGGUACUAAUAAACUGAUUGUGCAAUUAUUGUGAAGCUAGGAUUGAGCAAUCAAACUAUAAUGGCUUUUGUCCAUAUUGCAAUAAAAAAGAUAUAGACUUUCCCACUCUUUGUGAAAGCUGCUCGAAAAUAUGUUGGGUUUGCAGUUGCGGAAGAUGUAAUAUUGGAUUAGAAUAUCAAUGUAUCUACUGCAAACUUUACAAGUCACUUUCAAUUAAUCGGCCAAGGUAUUAA